AUCAGCUGCCAAUCCUUCCAUGGGGGUAGAACCGGAGUUCUCCGUCGCCGGAGCUCGGAAGGGGGAAGGGGUCUCGCCCCGAAAAAGGUGGGGAAAAGUAAGACAAAAAGAGGAACUAUACCGAUUAAUAUGCUUCAAAGUAUAGGUUUAAAGGAUCAUGGAUCAUCGUUCGAGCACGCUGCCUGGAUUUGAGCCGGGGAACGAGACCAUUUUUACCACAUUAAAACAACCACUGGGUAAUGCAGAGAGCUCCAAGGAUGAAUCUUCACCUCUCGAUGUCACGAAUGCCCCUUCAACUGGGAUCGGUACUCAUGCUCCUAAGCUAGAAUCUGAUUCUGUGAUCGAGUACCUUAACCAAAUACUGCUUGAGGAUGAUGAGAAUGAUCAGAGCAUAUCCUAUGAUCCCAUUGCACUUCGAGCUGCUGAGAAAUCCUUUUAUGAAGCCCUACAUCAGAACCCAUCACCCGCUAAUCAAGAACCUGUUUUUUUCAACAAUAGUUCUGAGCGCUCCAGUGAUUAUAGGACAAGUGAAAGCACCAUUAGUGGGAGCUAUGACACCAUUCCCCAGUGUAAUGUUGACCCCGGAGGAUCAAAACUAUCUCCGGCCUGUAUUCCUCCUGGGUUCUCUUUCCAGUCCUUGACUGUGUCGGAUUGUUCAAACGGGUCUUUAUGUUGCUUUGACAGUAUUGAGAAAUCUGAAUCGAAUUCUUUCCUAUCUGCCAAUUCGGUUCCAAAUACAUUAAGUGAUGUUAAUUACUUUGCCUUGCAAUUCAAUAGAGGCAAGGAGGAAGGCACAAGGUUCUUUCCGACUCGUAGUCAGUUGGUUCUUGAUACAGGCAAGGCUAAAGGAAAGAAGCAUCACCACCAAGAUGAUGAUGAUGAUGAUGGCAGGCCAGAGGAAGAAAGGAGCAGUAAGCAUUCGGCAGUGUGUGUGGAUGCAGUUGAGUUAUCAGAGGUGUUUGAUAAGGUUUUGCUGUGUGAUGACAAUAUGGAUUCUCCAUCUGGUGUUCGAAAGGGUACCCAACGGAAGGGGCGAGCUAAUGGGAGAAGACAUUCAAAGAAACGAGGAGACAGUCGUGAAGUUGUAGAUCUACGAUCUCUUUUAAUCAGCUGUGCAGAAUCUAUUGCUGCUGUUGAUCAUAGGACCACAAAAGAUCUAUUGAAGGUGAUCAUGCAGAACUCGUCCCCUACUGGCAAUGCAAUCCAAAGGAUGGCUCAUGCAUUUGCAAAUGCUCUCGAGGCACGGCUCAAUGGAACUGGCGCACAACUAUAUGUGGCCGUAACGCGAAAUAAAGAGUUUGUUAGUGAGUUGUUAAAAAGCCACCUUACAUCUUGGCCUACCAUGAGGAUAUCGAUUUUCUUUGCGAAUAAAAUGAUCUACGAUGUAGCGUUAAAGGGCACAUCACUGCAUGUAAUUGAUUUUGGCAUUAAUUACGGUAUCCAGUGGCCCACUCUCAUCCGGGAUCUCUCACAAAGACCCGGUGGUCCCCCCAAACUUCGAAUAACUGGAAUUGAGCUUCCCCAACCUGGUUUUCGUCCGGCACAAAUGGUAGAAGAGACUGGUUGUCGCUUGGCUGAAUACUGCAAGCGUUACGGCGUUCCAUUUGAGUACAAUGCCAUUACGAGCAAUGAAUGGGAGACAGUUAAGGUUGAUAACUUGAAGAUUAAGAGUGGUGAGGUGGUUGUUGUUAACUGCUUGUUCCGAUUCCGACACAUAUUGGAUGAGAGAGCUUUAGUUUCACACAGCCCCAAGGAUGCUGUUCUGAACCUAAUCCGGGUAGCAAGCCCUCAUUUAUACGUGCACGCUACGCUGUUAGGAUCGCACAGCUCUCACUUCUUUGUAAGCCAGUUCCGAGAUGCUCUCUGCUUCUAUUCUGACCUCUUUGACUUGUUUGAUGAAACUAUAAAAAACCACAGUGAUAUAGUGAAAUUCGAACAACAGCAUAUUGUGCCUGAAAUAAUAAAUGUUGUUGCAUGUGAGGGCGCGGAGAGAGUGGAGAGGCCCGAAACAUUGAAGGAGUGCGAGUCACGCAUUAUGAGGGCUGGGUUCAAGCCUCUCCCCAUAAACCCAGAACUUGUGAAGGAGUUGAGAGGCAAGGUGAAGGCAGGAUAUCACAAAGAGUUCCUGCUUGAUGAAGAUGGUCUUUGGAUACUGCAGGGGUGGAAAUGUCGGGUUCUCUGUGCUAAUGCUUGCUGGGUACCUGUGCACCAAACUAACAAGCUAUGAUUGAUUGAUAUAUAGCACUGUAAGAUUGCAGCACCAGUUCUUUUCAAGGCGUCUAAAUACAGUUCGUGUUCUUUGUUGAUCUCUUCAAGUUCCUGCUCAACUUCCUUGGUAUGUUUACACACUUUUAAGCUAUGCUUCUUUUGAGUUUUACAAAAACAAUUGUUUGUAUUCUUGAAAUGUUUACUGCUGCUAUUUCCAUCACUAUGUGCUGCAUUUUUAAAUAAAGAAAUAUUGUUCUUCAUUCAAUUCUAGCUUUAGAAUUUUGUUGUAAGUCUGAUUUAGAUGUCUUUA